GAUUUCCUGUUGGGGUUUUGUGACCUUGUGACCUCAAGAGAGGAGUCAGCUAGGACGAGGGCAGAUGAGGAGAGGAAGAUUGGUUAUCCCCACACUCAAUGGGGAAAGAGUGAGCUGGGAGAGUCACUUUCCCCCUCCCUUAGAAUGUUCUUUCCAGAGAGGAAAUCAGAUCAGAAUGACCUGGUAGGGUCGUAAGAAAACAACCACGGGUUGUGCAAAUAACAGCCACGAGUUGGGCAAGAACAAUCAUGGGUUGUGUAAGAAUAGGCCAAGUGAGGGAGGAUAUCUGUUUAUCUGGAACAAACUGUGUGUGUGUCUAAUUGCCAACAGAUGUGUGUGACGUAGUAAGACUGUAUAAAAGUUCUUGUCUAUUGAAUACAUGUCAGACUUCUCUGGCUAGAGAAGCUCUGCGUAUGAUUCCAAACUACCUGGCAAAAUAAAGACGAAGCCUUUGCAAUCAAUCUCCUGACUCCAAGCCUGUUAAUUCUUGCUUCACUAAGAACCACUUUCGAGACUCCAACAAUUGGUGACCCCAACGUGAUUCGCUACAUCUACAUUUGAUAAGAUCUGCCUGUCCCAGUCCAAAAAACAUCAUGAGAGACCAAAUGAGCCCGAAAGAAGGGGGAGCGGGAGCCAUCCUACCGUCUGACCAGACCAUCCCAGCUGCUCCUCUGCGCGUGACCGCACAGGAAGUGCUCAGCCUCAAAUUCCCUCUUCUCCGAGAACGCCUCCUCGGGAUGAACAGGAAGUGGGCCAAGCGCACGGCCAAGAUGACAACAAUCUGGCCAGAGCACGGGACAUUUGACCUAAGCCUCUGCGACGACAUGAGAGUCUUGAUCGUUAACCAUCGCCAUUCUGGGUCGGUCGGGGAAAAACUCAAAAAACGCGCUGAGGAAACUGAGGUUCUGAAGCUGUACGAGGAACAAGGACAGAACUAUCGUGAUACGGCUAAGGCUUGCUUGCUCGCGGCCAAAACCGAUCAUGAAACUUUGGGGAGGGCUUCCCCUCCCCCAUACGCUAAAGAGAAGAGCGGCUCUGCCCCACCCAGAAAGACUGUGUAUACGGGUGAGGCAGAGAACCCAAGAUAUUCAUCCUCCAUCAUAGCCCCGCUCGAGAAAGCAAUGGGAGCUGAAUAUGUCCCAGUCAAGGGGGCGUAUAGCCACGUUAAAAAGAUGCUAGACGGAAAGGAGGGGGCCGCUUCAGAGGAAAUCGAACUGACGGGGGCGUAUCAGCACAUUAAAGAACUGUUGAGAGAAUCUGAAAAAAAGGGCUGCUCCAGCCACCAGAAAGAGAGGGAAAUGGACAACCGCCAGGGGGAGCCAAAACCCCUGGUUUCAGAGCAACUCGCGAGGGGGGUAAUUCCAAUAACCUCCCUAGUAAGCUGUGCUCAGUCCACUGAACAACUCCUUCAUGAACUACGGACUCAGCUGCCAAUAGGAGAGGACCAGACGGACCUCUACCUAAUCGGAAAGAAGGCUUUUAAAGCAAUCGUGUCUGAGGCCAGGAAAGAAGCAAGACAGGACGUGGCUGGUCGACCAAGGUCUCUGUCUGAGGCGGUCGUCAGUGGAGUCGCAGUCCCGGAUCGAGCCAAUGAGGAACAAGCUGCAUGUUGCCAAACCCCAGACUUGGCCUCUCUCAGCCUCCAGCCCCAAGCUGAAACUGCAGAGAUCAUGGCCCAAAAACCGGUUGGCCCCAUCCCAAACCCUGUAAUGAAGCAGGGAAGGCCAGUCCGGAGUAGAAAUCCUCCGUUAUACUAUCAAGCGCCCAUCCUGGUGAGGGGAACUCAGAUGUAUUAUGUGCCCUGGACAACAAUGGACAUGACUGGUUUAAUUACUCGGCUCCCCAAUCCAUAUGAGGGAGCGAGUAGGUGGAUUAAGGCGUUCGAGCAAGAGACACUAGGCCACAACAUAGCCAUCGGAGACAUCAAAAUGAUCCUGGGGCGCACCCUCGGUGCUGGAGGCUUGAGUGACGUCAUGCAUUCUCAACAUCUGGCCGACAUCCUAGAAACUCAUGCGGGAGACGGAGACCUUUUCAAUGUAAUCCGCACAGAAGUCUGGGAGAGCCUGAGAAUCCUCUUUCCGGAUCGGGUGAAACUGGAGAUGCUCACAGGAGAAAAAAUAGGGCCUUCAGAGCCACCAAUGGCAUUCAUUCACAAAACUUUGGGGAAAUGGAGAGCGGAACUAGGAAAAAACCCAGAAGAUGAGACUCUGCAACAAGCCAUGUUUCGACAAGGGGUCGUCCGAGGCCUGACAGAGACUGUUCAGGAGCGGUUGGCAGAGGUAGUGGGUCUCUAUUCCAUGCCCUUUGCCCAGUUCUGCGAGCAACUCACACACGCUGUGGAGAGAGAAAGAAAAUACGACGAAAAAAGACUGCAGAGUGAUCGAGAGGAUAUGAGGAAAUUGAACAAGCUCCAACUCAAGAGUGGCCUGCAAGCAGUACUAAUGGCGCCCCCUGGCGGCAACUAUAGAGGCAGUCAGUGGGGAAAGAAGCCAGAACUGCUGGCUCUGGAAUCAGCUCCCCAGAACCAAGCCCCCAAACAGGGGAACGAGCGCCAAUGGGAGGCGGGGAUUCGAUAGGAU